AUGAAAAACCAGAACACGCCUAACGCUCCUACCACCAACCUCUAUUCAGCGCCCUGCCCCUCCCCCACCCUAGCCCCCAUCCCCGCCGGACUUGCAGAGGGCGCUGAGGGCAGCCUCCGGGCCAGUGUCGAGGGACAAGUUGCCCUGCCUGUGGGGUCCCCACCCACGACACCCUGGUGGCAGCAGCCCCAGGGAGAUAGUCUCAGAUCUGCGGAGAUUGCCAGGGCCUGUGAGACCUUUGGAGGCAAGAAACGGGAAGCAGCAUCUUCACACCCUUCCUGGUGUGGCCUUGCCCAGGACUCGGGAGCCACAAGCCCGCUGCCAGACGCUCACCUCGGCUUCACUCACGAGUCCCUGGGGAUUCCCAAGAGGCCUCUCAGGGGGAGGCUACAGAAGGCUGGACACUGUGCAGCCCUGCCGGCAGGGCCGGGGGCAUCCCUGACGGAGCUGGACAAAUUGGGCCCUCGAGCCUCUCUCUCACUCAGCCUUCGGGAAGGGAUCGUGGCAUCCUGGCUAAUCUUUUGGAUUCCCGAGGCAGCGCAGGUGUCCACGAGUGGGCAUACUGCUGCCUCAGAGAGCUGGGCAAGAUGCUGUUCGGCGUUGAGGGACAUUGCGCUGUUGGAGCGCGGGUGCAAGGCUCUCGAGGUGGACAGUUACAAGUCCCUGAUGAUCCUGGGUAUCCCGGAGGACUGCAACCACGAGGAAUUCAAAGAGAUCAUCCGCGUCCCGCUAAAACCCCUGGGCAAGUUCGAAGUGGCUGGGAAGGCCUUUCUGGAAGAAGAGAGAUCCAAGGCAGCCGUCAUUAGGCUGGUGGAGGACAUCAAUUACGCCGUGAUCCCCAGGGAGAUCAAGGGCAAGGGCGGCACGUGGAGAGUGGUCUACAUGCCCCGGAAGCAGGACAUUGAGUUCCUGACCAAGCUGAACCUCUUCCUGCAGAGCGAGGGCAGGACGGUGGAGGAUGUGGCCCGGGGCCUGAGGCGGGAGCUGUGCCGGACGGUGACGGGCCCCACAGAGCUGCCUGCCUCAAAGUGCUGUGUGCCCGGGCCGGGGGAGAAGCUGGGGCCUGGGGCCACCGCCCGGGGGGACGGGGUGCCACCUCUGGACCUGGCAGAGAAAGAGAGCAAGGCUGGAGAUGGCAAGAAGGGCAAACAGAAGCGCAGGAAAAACCGACGACGACACCACGCGCCUGACAAGAAGCCGUGA